GGGAGGCGGAGGGCGGGUUUCCUAGGCAACCGCAGCGAGGUAGUGUGUACACACCAGGCCCCAUGGUAGAGAGGGUGUCGUGCCUGCUGCUGCAAGACAGGGAUUAAGAAGUGGGAGUGGACUCUGUUCUGUCUCGGAUUGCCCCGGAAUCCAUCCUCUCUCUGGGAUAAGAUAUAUUAUUUUAACCUUUAUUUUUAAUGGAAGAUGAUUGAAUGUGAAAACCUAAACCAAGAAGACAUAAUUAAAGAACUGUGUUUAUGCAAUGGUUUAUCUUAUGAGAUGAUUGGACAAGAAGGAUCAGAUACUUCAAAACUGGAAAUGUUUUUCUCAGGGUAUCCUUGUAUAGUCGGAUUAUCAUUAUUUCCUAAUUUAACAAGUCUCACAAUUGUUGCUCAAGAUAUAAAAGAAAUUUCAGGACUAGAAACUUGUUUACGGCUUAAAGAACUUUGGAUUGCCGAAUGCUACAUAGAGAAAAUUGAAGGUAUUCAAGAAUGUAGAAAUUUAGAAAAACUGUACUUAUAUUUUAAUAAAAUUUCUAAAAUAGAAAAUUUAGAGAAAUUAUCCAGAUUGGAGGUUCUUUGGCUGAACCACAAUGCAAUUAAAAAUAUUGAGGGCUUGCGAACUUUGAAGAAUUUAAGUGAUCUCAACCUUGCUGGAAAUCUAAUAAGCAGCAUUGGUCGAUGUCUUGAUCCCAAUGAACAACUAGAAAGAUUAAACCUUUCUGGUAACCAAAUAUGUUCUUUCAAGGACCUCACUAACUUAACCAGGCUGUGUCGCUUAAAGGAUUUAUGUCUCAAUGAUCCUCAGUAUAAAACCAAUCCAGUUUGUCUGCUGUGUAAUUAUUCCACACAUGUGUUAUAUCAUUUGCCUUGCCUUCAAAGACUUGACACGUUUGAUGUGUCAGCAAAGCAAAUCAAGGAACUGGCAGAUACCACAGCAAUGAAAAAAAUAAUGUAUUACAAUAUGCGUAUAAAAACUGUUCAGAGGCAUCUUAAUGAAGACCUUGAAAAACUGAAUGAUCGAAAAUGUAAAUUACAGAAGUUGCCAGAAGAACGAAUAAAAUUAUUCAGCUUUUUGAAAAAAAAUUUGGAACGGGAACUGACUGAACUCAGAGGAUCUGGCAAAGGGCACAAUGAUAGAUCCAGUAACAAUAAAGUAACUGAGCUUGAAAAAUCAAAGAACUGUGAAACUGUCACAGAAGAACCAAGUCUUCAACAGAAGAUAGUGACCAAACUAAAUGCCUUGAAUGAAAGGGUAACAUUCUGGAACAAAAAACUAGAUGAAAUUGAAGGAAUUUAUCGUAUUGAAGUCAAACAAAAGAAGAAAAGUCAUACUUUAUUAAUCCCAUUUUUGUUAAUUGAGUUGGAGACUGUGGGAAACAUCCACUUUGAAGAAGGCACUCGAUCUGAUGACUGGUUUAAUUCCUGCUAUGAAUUAAUUCUAUCACGUUUUUGUACAUGGGACUUCAGAACAUAUGGUAUUACAGGAGUGAAAGUAAAACGUGUCAUCAAGGUUAACAACCGUAUUCUGAGACUAAAAUUUGAAGAGAAAUUCCAAAAGUUUUUGGACAAUGAAGAUAUGCAUGAUUCAGAGAGCUGUCGACAGAUGCUGGAAUGCCUUUUUUAUGUUUUUGAUCCUGAAGUUACAGUGAAGAAAAAGCAUCUGCUACACAUACUUGAAAAAGGAUUCAAAGACAGUGAAACGAGCAAGCUGCCUCUCAGAAAAGAAGCUGUUAUUCUUGCUAACAGCCUAAGUAUAUGUGAGUGUCCCAGAAUUGAAUUUCUACAGCAAAAGUACAAGGAUGAGAAGAAAAACUCUCUUGAGCAUGAGCUCUUCAGACAUGGCAUCCUCCUGAUUACAAAGGUUUUCCUUGGCCAGAGUGUUCAGGCUCGUGAUCAGGACUCCAUCAGUCAAGCCAACUACCCAAUGAUUAAUUCAGUGUUCAUUCCUCAAAAAUAUUUACUAAAUUCUAUCAUGGGACAAAGAAACUGUGAUUGCAGCAUUCGGCAGUACAAGUGGUUUGUCUUUGAUCAUGACCUUGUUUUGCCUGAAUACGUCGUAGAAUUUGAGUAUAUUACAGUGGUCAAGGCUCACUCUUUAUUUUCUGCAUUCAACAAUGUUAUCCUAGAAGAAAGCAAAAAAAAUUCAGAAGGAUCAGUAUUGUCCCAGGAUUUGAAAUUUGAUGAUGAAGUUAUAAAAAUGGAUCCCAGGAUCAAGCCCAGACCAAAACUUAUUAGCUUGGAUGAUAAAACAAUACUUUCCCUUGCCAACACUAGCAUUUACAGUCAUAUUGUGAGUCUGAAUCUACAUGGAAACAGCUUGAGUAAAUUGAGAGAUCUCUCCAAGUUAACAGGACUUCGAAAACUUAAUAUCAGCUUUAAUGAAUUUACUUGUUUAGAUGAUGUAUACCACCUGUAUAACCUUGAAUAUUUGGAUGCAAGCCAUAACCAUGUGAUAACUCUUGAGGGAUUUAGAGGUCUGAUGAAACUUAAGCACUUAGACUUGAGCUGGAAUCAACUGAAAAAAUCUGGCGAUGAAAUAAAUAUGUUAUGCAAACACACCACAAGCCUUCUCACUCUUGAUAUUCGACAAAAUCCAUGGCAAAAGCCAGCUACAUUAAGGCUGAGUGUUAUUGGCAGAUUAAAGACUCUUACUCAGUUAGAUGGAGUCCUUAUUUCUGAAGAAGAAGCAAGAGCAGCUAUGAAAUUUAUUUCUGGGACAAAGAUUACUCAGUUAUCUCUCUUACGGCAUUCUAGUACUAAAGAGGAGAGAUCACGGAUUCUUAGUAUAUGGCCUUCUGCCAAAAUUCUGACACAGACUUCAAAGUUAGGACCACAUUCACAUCUGAGUGGAAACUGGUACUUGAAGAUAACUGCCUUAAAUUUAGAUGGGCAACAUCUUUUUGAAAUCACAAAUUUAGAAAAAUUGGAAAAUUUGAAGUGGGCAUCAUUCAGCAACAAUAAUCUCACUAAAAUGGAAGGCUUGGAAUCUUGUGUUAACUUGGAAGAGCUCACAUUAGAUGGAAACUGCAUCUCAAAGAUAGAAGGCAUUUCCAAGCUAACUAAAUUAACCCACCUCAGCAUAAAUAAUAAUCUCCUCACUGGUUUGGAAAAGCAUACUUUUGAUAACAUGCUUCAUCUUCAUUCCCUUUCUCUUGAGAACAACAGAAUCACUUCAUUGAGUGGUUUACAAAAAGCUUUUACACUAAUUGAAUUAUACAUAGGCAAUAACUAUAUUGCUCUCAAUCAGGAGAUCUACAAUUUAAAGGGUUUAUGCAACCUGGUCAUUCUAGAUAUGUAUGGAAACAUUAUUGUAUGGAAUCAAGAAAACUACCGGUUGUUUGUAAUAUUUCAUCUUCCAGAACUGAAAGCUCUGGAUGGAAUCUCAAUUGAACCACCAGAGACUGAGUGUGCAAAAGAUUUGUUUGGUGGCAGACUUACUUCUGACAUGAUUGGUGAACGACACGGACAUUCAAACUUCACCCAAAUGCAAGAACUAAAUUGGACUUCAUCAUCCAUCAGAACUGUGGAUUUGAUUCCAGUUGACCAGUUUAGAAAUGUGUGUAAUGUGAAUCUACAGAACAAUAAUCUUACCUCAUUCAGUGGAUUAAUCUAUCUGCCUAAUUUGAAGGUCUUAUGCCUCAACUAUAAUCAUAUUGAAUCAAUCAUGCCCCGACUAAAGCCUCAGGCUCACUUGACCAAUAGACAACUACUCUACCAGAAAGUGCCUUCAAGUGGCUAUGGGCAGCAAGGAACUUCAAAAAUAAACAGAGAUACAAUGAGCAGUGAAAAUUUGCCUCCAAUAAUGCACAGUUUAGAAGUUCUUCAUUUGGGCUACAAUGGAAUUUGUAAUCUGAUUCAGCUACAACUUAACAGACUAAGAAAUUUAAAAUUCCUCUUUCUUCAGGGGAAUGAAAUCAGUCAAGUUGAAGGGCUUGACAACUUAGAAGUCCUUCAGGAAUUGGUAGUGGACCAUAACCGCAUCAGAACCUUUAAUGAUAGUGCCUUUGCCAAACCAAGUUCUCUGUUGGCACUUCACCUAGAGGAAAACAGACUACGAGAGCUGAGCAAAUUACAACCUUUGGUAAAACUAGAGAAACUCUUCCUAGGAUACAAUAAAAUCCAGGAUAUGGCAGAACUGGAAAAACUUGAUGGUAUCUCUUCCCUCAGAGAGCUUACAGUUUAUGGCAAUCCAAUUUGUAGAAAAAUGCUACAUCGCCACGUGCUUAUAUUUCGACUGCCUAACUUACAGAUGUUAGAUGGAAUCCCUGUGAAUUCAGAUGACAGGGCAAAAGCUGAAUUUCACUUCUCUGAACCACAAGCAAAGAAAAAUUCGUUUAUUCCUGUUACCAACUCUCCUGUGGAUGGUGGAUCAUUUGGCCAAGUGAAAGCUCCUCCCAUAAAGAUAACAAAUGUAAUUCUGCCUGGUGGAUUUAGCCAUUACUUGGGAUCUGACUUCACUUUAACUCCUGAAAUUGAAGACAAAAAAGACAAGAAUGUAGGGAUUCUAACAAGUAAUCCUCGGAGCAUCCAUGCAGAAAUAGCUUUUCGGCAACUCAGAGGGAUAAAUCUCUCUCCAUCUCUUUUGUCACAUCAGAAAAUGGCAUCUCCAAGUGCACAAAUAUACCAGAGCAACCAAGAUGAGGGAAGAAUUCCUGGCAGACACUUUCCAAGAUCAAAUCGAAUGUAACUGCCUAAAGAGAAAUGAAUAUAUACCAAGAAACCUAUUUCUGUUUAGUAGUUGUGCAAAAACUAGCAGACAG